AUGAGCGACGUCACCACUGCGCUCACGUCCGCCUGCGGCUAUAAGCUGCGCGAGGACGAAAGCUCAGCCAACGCCGCCGCCGCCGCGUCAUCGUCCGGUACCGAUUCGCAUACUGCCGACCGCCCCAGCACUCGGCGGCGACGGCACUCGUCGUCCGUCUUGCCUCGCCCGAGGUCGAUAGUGGAAACCAUCAUGGACAGCGAGGAGGGUCUCCUGCUCAAGGUGGACUUGUUCCUCUCCGAGCUGGAGCGACGCCUGGACUUUAUCGAGAGUUACUGCGGGGACCCCGGCAAGGACUACAGCUUCUCCCGCGCCUUGGCCACGCUUCAAGCCGUCCGCUCGCGCUGUUGCCAGGCGUCCGAGGAAGUCCUCGGUGCCGGCAGGCGCCGCUUGCAGAUCAUGGUAGAGACCCUGGAGACGCGGUACCACGAGACCCUAGCGGCUACCGGCUCGCUGCACGAAAAGGCCCGCGUGGGCGUCGACCUCCUCGAGGGGAUGCUUUCCGAGUUUGAGGCGCGCGCGCUCAAGCUGCGAGAGCAGGGGCUGGCCAACGCCGCCGAGGCCUUCAUGGGCGAGGGUCGCCGCGUGGCCAGCGAGAGCAUUGAGCGGGCCAGAGAAGUCGUCGACGAGGGGCUGGGCCGGGCCAGGCGAGCGGCACUGUCGCUCGAGGAGCAUAUCCAGCAGGCCAUUGCGCAGGCGCGAGAGACGCGGCUGCUCCAUUACCACGACCUGCCCAUCCCCUGGCGCAACAACCCGCACAUCACAAAGGGCUACCGCUUCACCCAGACCAAGAUUGAAUGCGUGCAGUCGGCCUUCAACAUGUCCAACGAGUUCAUCAACAUCUGGUCCCACGUCGUCGGGCUCUUCCUCGUCCUCGCCGUCGCCUUGUAUUUCUACCCUUCCAGCGCAAACUUUUCCCUCAGCUCCAAGAGCGACGUGUUUGUGGCCGCCGUCUUCUUCGCCAUGGCUUGCCUGACCCUGGUCUGCUCCACCAUCUGGCACACCAUGAACGCCGUUGCCGACGUCAACGCCAUCUCCAUCUUCGCCUGCGUCGACUACACCGGCAUCUCGCUGCUGAUUGCGGCCUCCAUCCUGACGACCGAGUACACCGCCUUCUACUGCGACCUUUGGAGCCGCUGGGUAUACAUGACCCUCACGGCCGGCUUGGGCAUCGGCGGCGUCGUCCUCCCGUGGCACCCCAGCUUCAACGGGCCGGACAUGGCCUGGGCAAGGGUCGCCUUCUUCGUCGGGCUCGCCCUGACGGGAUUCAUGCCCAUGCUGCAGCUGUCGCUCACCCACGGCCCCGACUUCGUCAUCACCUUCUAUUCGCCCAUUCUCAAGUCUCUUCUCGUCUACUUUGGCGGCGCGAUUGUCUAUGCGAGCAAGAUCCCUGAGCGCUGGUGGCCGGGCGUGUUUGAUUACGUCGGCGGCAGCCACAACCUGUGGCACGCCGCCGUGUUGGGAGGCAUUCUUUUCCACUACACUGCCAUGCAAACCUUUUUCUCCAGCGCCUUCCACCGUGCCGAGGGAGGUUGCCCGGCGUAG